AUGGGGUCGAGUGGCCUGGGCGUGGCUUUGAGCUCCUUCCUGCCACCUGGUCAUGCAUGCCUGGUGUCCAAAUUUCCUGUGCAUGCGUUUCAGGCCUCUUCACCACGGAGGCUCCAGGGAACGAUUCAGUCCGCAGCGAAGCCUCAGAGCCAGGUCCACAUGGGCAGUGAGGCGGGGCCCGGGGAAGGCGGCACUGCCUGGGGACCCGGGGUCAUCCUAGGUGUGGGAGGGGGUCCUCAGGAAGCAGGGGCCCGUGGGUCCUCUGGUGUGGUUCGGGAGGUGGGUAGGGUGCUGGCACUAGCUGAUGCGUGGGGCGAGGAGGCCGCAAUCUUUAGCGGGGACGUGGUGCAGCAAGGCGCGGCCCUGUUGGAGGGGGAGGUGGCGUGCAUCGGGGAGUUGUUUUGGCUGCCUGUGGAGGACAUGAUGGAAGAGGUGGAGGUGGUGGCAGAGGAGCAGCAGCAUGAAGAGCAGGAAGAGCGGAAGCAUGAGCAGGGGCAGGAAGAGCCGGGGCCUGGACCCACGAUCACCGGGUCCCUGCUGGAGGUGCUGGAGGCCAUGCAGUUACAGCUGGAGCCUCUGAAUAGGCGGUGCAGUCGAACCUUCUCUCCUCUCAUGCUCACAACACUUUGGAGGCGGAAGCCCUAUCUAGAACACAGAAGCACCAUCAUGCAGAGCAUCCCUGGCUUCUGGGUCAAAGUUUUUGUGAACCACCCCCAGAUGUCGGCCACGAUGAGUGCCCAAGAUAAAGACGUGCUUAGCUACAUGACCAACUUGAAGGAGGAGGAACUCAGAUAUACCAGUGAUUGCCGCAAGAUCAUGUUGUUUUUCCGGAACAACCCCAAUUUCCAGAAUGAGGUGGUUGUUAAGGAGUAUCUCAUUCACGUCACUGGAUAUAGGGCAUCUCAUUCCACUCCAAUUCAGUGGCACCAUCGUUUUGAAAGGGAGGCGUAUAGCCGUAGGCACCACAACAGCAGCCUUAACUUCUUCAGCUGGUUCUCUGACCACAGAUGUGCAGGAUCUAGCAGGAUUGCUGAGUCCCCUACCGGAUCAUCGGCGAGGACCUGUGGCCCAAUCCCCUGCGCUACUACCCGAGGGAGGAAGGCCCCAUCGGGACAGGUGACAGAGAGGAGGACAGGUGGGUGA